AUGCCUAUGGAAGAGGAAGGUGAGCCUAACCCUAAGAGGUCUCGUGCUGAUGAAUGGAAGAAGGAAGACAUUGAUAUCCGUGCCCUGCCCAACUUCAUUCAUCAGAAGCCUGACUAUUUGAGGGAACCUUAUGAAUAUUUCUCCCAGUUCUUCACAGGUGAAUUGAGGGAACGCAUUGUGUAUCAAUCCAACCUGUACUCAAGACAGAAGGAUGUAGGCAGCAACUUCCACAUGUCAGAAGAGGAUCUCAUGGUUUUCCUUGGCCUCAUCGUGUACAUGGGCCUGGUUCCUCUCCCUAGUAUAGUUGACUUCUGGGCCGUGAAGACCAGGAUUCCUCAAGUUGCAGACUUCAUGUCCAGGAACCGCUUCAAGACAAUUCGAUCAUCCCUUCACUUCAGUGACAAUGACCAGGCAGCUGCAUCCCAAGAUCGGUUCUUCAAGGUGAGAGUCUCCUUCACCAAGGUCACCAGAGAGUUCCUGAAAGUUCCUGAGACUCCUAUCCACUCCAUUGAUGAAGUGAUGGUCGCCUAUAAGGGCACAAGGGCUGGUAACCUUUGCCAGUAUGUCGCAAAGAAGCCUGACAAGUGGGGCUUCAAGUUGUUCUGCCGCUCCAGUGUGGAUGGGUUUGUGCAUGAUAUUCUCAUGUACCAAGGGGAGACGACCUUUGUGAGCCACCAUACUAUGCUAUCUGAAGAGGAGAAAGCCAUGUCUGUAACUUCCAAGUUUGUUGUCGCCUUAGUGAAUACCAUCAAGGACCCCAGUAACUCAGCAGUGUAUGCAGACAACUACUUCACAAGUAUAGGGUUGGCCAAGUACCUGAGAUCACAGUAUGGAUGCCGGUAUGUGGGCACUGCCAGGGAAAACAGAGUUGGUCAUCCUCCCCUGACGUCUGUGAAGGAGAUGAACAAGAAAGCGACACAAAGGGGGACACUGGACUAUGUCUCUUCUGAUGGCAUCCUUGUUGCAAGAUGGAAGGACAACAGCAUUGUGACAAUCUUGUCCUCUGAUGUUGGUGUGGAGCCCAUGGGAACAGUGGAGCGGUACGAAAGGGCAGCCAAGAAGAAGGUUCCCAUUCCUUGCCCAUCUGUCAUCCAGAUGUACAACAACCGCAUGGGGGGCCAUUGA